UACUUGAGCAAUACUUUGCAGAAAUGGGUACAACUCGAAAUGUGAAAACAAAACCAAAAGAAAUUAAACCUUUCCCACCUGUUAAAUUCCUUUCUGAGGGCUGAUUUCAGCAGAUUCAGUCGACACACUGUUGAUCUCAGCAAAUCAUCAGGUUUCCCAUCUGUUACUGUCUUUAUUUUAUUCCUGCAAGUAAAGGUGAGGAGUUGAAGGCAGCGUACACAGAGGACAGAGAUGUCUGCUGUAAGAGAGGAACUACAACAGGCCUUGUGCCGCUACAGCACAGAUACCCUCACCUACAUCGACAAAGUGAGAGAAUUCUGUCAGAUGUACUCAAAAUGGAUUAUCUGGAGAGAGACAGAGUUAGAAAUAAUGAUGGACAUCAAAAACAGGAAAGACAAAAUCGACCUAAACAUCAGCCAUGUUACGAAGUCAGAGGACAAAGGUAAGGCCUUUGGGGAAUAUCUAAAGAGCAAGGUAACCCUGAAGGCAGACAAAAUGCGUGCAGAGUUGGAGAAGGAGCUGGCUGAAGUGUUGAAGAACACUCUGGGAGGUUUGGAGAAGCUUGACUGUUUCCUGGAUGCAGUGGAGAAGCUGGCAGUCACCUCACUGCAUGUGUUCAUGGAGAACCAGGUGUUGCACCUGCCUGAAGAGAUCAGCUUUGAAUACGUUGAGGUGGUCAUCAGUGCUGCACAGCAGAUCUGCCCUCUCCUCCUGGAGUUUAAAAGAGACGCAAGCGUCUUCUUCCUCCCCAAACUUCAGAAUGUGGAAGUGCUGGCAUAUCAGCUGGACAGAUACAUACAGAUCACCAAAACCGUGUGUGAGAAGCUGGACAAAAGUUGCUUCAGUGACUUUUGCCUGAAAACAACUGUGGAAACUGUUGUGGAGCUCCAUGUGGAUUUGACUGAAGAUGACGUACGAAGGAUGCUUGAUCACAUCAAUCAGCUUGAGGAAAUUAGGAGGAACCAGCCGUUCCGGAUGGUGUGCUUGUUCCAGGAAGUGUCCUGUUCAGACUUCAUCAGUCAGUUCGAAGAACGACAGCCCAGGAUGCUGGAGUUUCUAGAGAAGUUGGAGGAGAUUGCUGUUCAGCUGGACAGGAUGAAUAAGGGUGCAAAGAUCUCCAGUGUGGCGGGCAGCUCAGUGGGGGCGGUUGGAGGUGUGCUGUCCAUUGUUGGCUUGGCAUUGAUUCCUUUCACAGCGGGAGUUUCUUUGGCUCUGACAAUGACCGGGGUUGGGCUGGGAAUGACCAGUGCAGUCAACAGUGCUGUCACCACCUUCACAGAGAUGGGAGUAAAUGCUACGCAACAAAAGAAAGCUGGUGAAACAUUUGAGGGCUUCAUGAAGGAUAUGCAGAGUCUCCAGGAAUGUCUGGAGAAGGUGGUAAAUCAACCAGUCAGCAAAAUGGAAGCAAAUGACGUAGGUGUAGCUGUGGGAGUAGGUUUUGCGCUUGGUAAAGUUGGUGCUAAUGUUGGUAAAGGCAUUGAUGCGCUUGUUGAUGGUGCCUCUGCUCUGAGGGUGUUAAAAGUGGAAGAGGUUGUAUCAAGUGCUGGUAAACUGGUGGCUCAGGAAGGGAAAGCCUUGCGUAACGUUCCCAGGGUGGCUGCAGAUGUCCCAGAUAUUGGUCAGGCUGCAGUCAAAGGGCCUCUUGCACUCACCAAGACCGCAAGGGCCGGAUUCAUCGUAGCCAACGCUUUCUUCCUUGGCAUGGAUAUCUUCUUCAUCUGCAAAGACAGCAUCAGUCUGUCUAAAGGCAGUGAGACUGAAGUCUCAAAGCUCAUCAGAGCCAGAGCUGCUCUGUGGAGCUCAGAGAUGGACUCAUGGAAGAAGAUCCAUGACUCUCUGCAUGAAGGCCAGCCGACAUCAGAGAAAAGAAUUGUCCUGGAGACACCAUUUUAUCCAGAGAUGUAGACAGACAGCAGAACAGAGAUAACAGUUCCCUCUGAUAAAAUGAUUGAAACACUGAAAGAACAACAGUCUUCAGUUAUCCAGUAGGAAUCAAUGAAGAGACAGCGCUCAUCCAAUAAACAGUGUGAUCACAUAUCAGCUCCAUUUCAUGUAACUAAACCAAAAUUAGUAUCUGCUUUUAGCUCACAGUUCAGCACCAAAGAACAAUAAAAUGUAGCUUUGAGCUGCUUUUAGCUAAUUAUCUGCAAUUCUCCUGAUUUAAACCAGCAUGUAUUUCUGAAGCUUUGAUGAAACCUGUAUUACAACAUAAUUAAUCACAGACAUAUUAGCAUACAUACUUCAUUUGAAAUGAAAAAAAUGAAAUACAACUUUAAAAUGUUAUUGUGAUUACUGUCUUAUUAAGAUAGAAUUUGAAAAAAAAAUCAUGGAACAUAA